CGCAGUCUGACACUGGACAGUCGACGGUAAGACCUGUACGAAUCGGGUGUUACGUUUUAUGGUGUAUUACGAGUGUUACUUUUGUGAGUUUGUAUAUCGUUUUUGGUCACUGCGGUCGAAAUGUCGGCAACAAUGACAGCCAAGCUUCAGGACGAUAUGAAUAGUAUACCUCUGGCGGACGAUGAUCCUCAGGUGAUAAUACCAGAAGAGGAAAUCUUGGACAAUGCCUCGCAUAUAUCCGAUCCUCUAGGACGUAGCAUGGACUCUAUACCAUCGACAUUUACUAACGGAAGUUGUAGUCCUAACA